GGCAGAUCGAGGGGCCCGUCCCGCCCCCAGCCCCCCAGCCGCGGUGGGCGGUUUCCUCCCUCGAACCCCCGUCGCCGCGGCGGACUCAGCCCACACAUUGGGGAACAGGGUCUGGUGAGGAGCAUGCUGAUGGGAGCAUUUCAUUGGGAAAGAAGCAAGAAGAGGUCCCACAUCCAUCAUAGAGGUGCCUAAACUUGUUCUGGAAAAGGUACCAAUUGGCAGCUCUGUCACUACCCAGUUUUGGGUCCAGAUCCAGGGCAGACUGAGGAGGGGACCUGUGCUGAGAAAUGGUAUUCUAAGCUUGCAUUUGAGCAUGAGUCUUCUUAUGAUUAGUGAAAAUGUAAAAUUGGCUCGUGAAUAUGCUUUGCUGGGAAACUAUGACUCUGCGAUGGUUUAUUAUCAGGGAGUACUUGAUCAAAUGAACAAAUAUCUGUACUCAGUCAAAGAUACAUAUCUUCAGCAAAAAUGGCAACAGGUUUGGCAAGAGAUAAGCGUGGAAGCUAAACAUGUUAAGGAUAUUAUGAAAACACUAGAAAGCUUUAAAUUAGAUAGCACUCCUUUGAAAGCUGCUCAUCAGGAACUUCCGGCCUCAGAGGGAGAAGUUUGGUCCUUGCCAGUCCCUGUUGAACGAAGACCAUCACCAGGACCCAGAAAACGUCAGUCUCCUCAGUAUAGUGAUUCUAGAUUCCAUGGUAACCGUCCAAGUGCAGCAGUCAAAGUUCCUCAUCGUCCAUCAUCACAAAAUCUUAAUAAUGACAAAGGAAAAGCAGUCCGUUGUCGAGAAAAGAAAGAUCAACAGAAUAAAGGAAGAGAAGAAAAGAACAAAUCACCUGCUGCAAUUACCGAACCAGAGACAAAUAAAUUUGAUGGCACAGGAUACGAUAAAGACUUAGUAGAAGCUUUGGAAAGAGAUAUAAUUUCUCAGAAUCCAAAUAUUCGAUGGGAUGACAUAGCUGACUUAGUGGAAGCUAAAAAAUUACUCAAGGAAGCAGUGGUUUUACCUAUGUGGAUGCCAGAAUUCUUUAAGGGAAUUAGGAGACCAUGGAAAGGGGUAUUGAUGGUUGGUCCACCUGGCACUGGAAAGACUCUGCUUGCUAAAGCAGUAGCUACUGAAUGCAAAACCACAUUUUUCAAUGUUUCUUCAUCAACCCUUACCUCCAAGUACAGAGGAGAGUCUGAGAAGCUUGUUCGUCUCUUGUUUGAAAUGGCUCGAUUUUAUUCUCCAACAACAAUAUUUAUUGAUGAAAUAGAUUCCAUUUGUAGUCGCAGAGGAACUUCUGAGGAACACGAAGCAAGUCGAAGGGUAAAAGCAGAACUACUUGUUCAGAUGGACGGUGUUGGUGGAGCGUCUGAAAAUGAUGAUCCUUCCAAAAUGGUUAUGGUACUUGCAGCUACUAAUUUUCCUUGGGAUAUUGAUGAGGCUUUAAGAAGACGACUAGAAAAAAGAAUUUACAUUCCAUUACCAUCAGCAAAAGGCAGAGAAGAGCUCUUACGAAUAAGUCUACGUGAACUGGAAUUGGCUGAUGAUGUUGACCUUGCAAGUAUAGCAGAAAAUAUGGAAGGUUAUUCAGGGGCAGAUAUUACCAAUGUAUGCAGAGAUGCAUCCCUGAUGGCUAUGAGGCGGCGCAUUGAAGGUUUGACACCUGAAGAAAUUAGAAAUCUUUCCAGAGAUGAAAUGCAUAUGCCUACAACUAUGGAAGACUUUGGAAUGGCUUUAAAAAAGGUUUCUAAGUCAGUAUCUGCUGCGGACAUUGAAAGAUAUGAAAAAUGGAUAUUUGAAUUUGGAUCAUGCUAAAUUCUUUUUUAAAGUAAACUGUGAGAAACCUGCCUUAUGUUGUUUCAAUAGUAAUGAAAAGUAGUAUUUCAUUGCACUGAGUGCUAUAUUUUUUUAAACUUUCAUAAUGAUAAUUAUAAAAGGAAUUCAUGAUUCUGAAUAAAUGUAAUUUUUUUAAGCUGCAGGGACAUUUGACUCAAUUUGUUACUUUUGCAUUGAACUUUAAAAGUUUUCAUAAUUAACACUUUUUUAGGUCAUAACUUUUAUAUACACUUUGAGAUGAUGCCUUUUUUUUUUUUUUUUUUUUUUUUAACAUUGUUCUAUUAAUAAAGAAAGCUGAAAAGCCAUUCUUCAAUCUAGGUAGUAAUGAAGCCAGUUAUGACCUUAGUUUCAUGUCUCAUGGAUAUAACUUUUAAGAACUAUUUUGUUAGUUUAAGUAAACAAAAGGGGAAUAAAUUGAAACAAGAACCUACACUGCCCUUCCUCCUACUUGUUGGACUCUGCAAGGCUGGAGAAGGUUUUCUUUUCUUUACCUAUUUCACUAAUCAUUUGGAGACUCCUGGCUCUAUUUUCAUGUCCCUGAGCAGUAGAAUGUUGCUGUAGGGACAGAUAUACUUAAUUUUCAAAGUUUUAUUCAAACACUGAUUAUAGCUUAUUUUGGGAGCUGAAUCUAAGGUAUUUUAUAAAUGAUGGGUACAGAAUUGACAAAUCAAAUCAAAUGCUGUUCACCUUGUAAAAACAUACCAAGGUCUCACAACACUAGAACUAUGUAUUUGAGCAUAAGCAGAAAUGUUAUCUUCUGGAGAUUUCACUAAAACAUUGCUUUUUUAUUUAAUACUCUGUAAAGCUUAAGUAAACUUUCUCAUAGCUCAAAAUGACCUGUUCCUUUUUCAGAUAUUCCAAUGAAAUGUCAGUGUUGGUAAAUAUACUUAAAAGUCCAUUCAUAAU